UGCGGCCGGGCGUGGCGGGGCUCCGGGCUCCGGCCUGCGGGGCCGCUUCAGCGCGGGGCGGGGAGCGCGCGGGACUUCCUGCUUCCCGCCCGGACCUCCCGGCCCGCCCGCGGGUCCUCCGGAGCUCCGCUCCGCUCCGCACCGCCCAGGGCGAGCCCAUCCCGGCCGGCGGGUGUUCCCCGAGCGCGAGGGGCGGGCCCAGGGCGCGACGGGGACCGGAGCAGCGAGGCCCCGGUCUGCAAUCACGGGAGGCGGGGGCUCGCCGGGAACGGGCUAGUGAGGAAGAUAAGGUCCCGGGGCCGGUUUCUGCAGGGCAGAUUGCCUCCUGAGGCCUCCGAACAUUCGAGUGACAUGACGGCCACCCAGGGGUGCCCCUUCCCCUAUGGGGACUACCUGGACUCCAGCCAGUUACACAUGGAACCGGAUGAGAUCGACACCCUGAGGGAGGGCGAGGACCCAGCUGACCGAAUGCAUCCCUUCCUGGCCGUCUAUGACCUGCAGCCUCUGAAAAUGCACCCCUUGGUGUUUGCCCCCGGGGUCCCCGUCAUCGCCCAGGUGGUGGGAACUGAGAGGUACACCAGUGGAUCCAAGGUGGGGACCUGCACUCUGUAUUCCGUCCGUUUGGCUCAUGGUGACUUCACCUGGACGACCAAGAAGAAGUUCCGUCAUUUCCAGGAGCUGCAUCGCGACCUCCAGAGACACAAAGUCUUGAUGAGUUUGCUCCCUCUGGCUCGCUUUGCUGUUGCCUAUUCUCCAGCACGAGAGCCCGCUGACACAGCCAACAGAGAAAUGCCCCCUCUACCCCGAGGAAGUCCCGAAGGCUCUGCCAGACAUGCAGCCAGCAAACAGAAAUACCUGGAGAAUUACCUCAACCGGCUCCUGACCAUGUCUUUCUAUCGAAACUACCAUGCUAUGACAGAAUUCCUGGAAGUGAGUCAGCUCUCCUUUAUCCCAGACCUGGGACCCAAAGGACUGGAGGGGGUGAUCCGGAAGCGCUCAGGUGGCCACCGUGUUCCUGGCCUCACCUGUUGUGGUCGAGACCAAGUCUGUUAUCGCUGGUCAAAGAGGUGGCUGGUGGUGAAAGACUCUUUUCUGCUGUACAUGUGUCUGGAGACCGGUGUCAUCUCUUUUGUUCAGCUGUUUGACCCUGGGUUUGAGGUGCAGGUGGGGAAAAGGAGCACAGAGACCCGGUACGGGGUGCGGAUUGACACCUCCCACAGGUCCCUGAUUCUCAAGUGCAGCAGCUACCGGCAGGCGCGGUGGUGGGCCCAGGAGAUCGCAGAGCUGGCUCGGGGCCCAGGCCGAGACUUCCUCCAGCUGCACCGGCAUGAGAGCUAUGCCCCGCCCCGGCCCCGCACGUUGGCCCGGUGGUUUGUGAAUGGGGCAGGUUACUUUGCUGCUGUGGCAGAUGCCAUCCUGCGAGCCCGAGAGGAGAUUUUCAUCACAGACUGGUGCCCUGCCUUGACCCCUAGGUUGAGUCCUGAGGUUUACCUGAAACGCCCAGCCCAUUCAGACGACUGGAGACUGGACUUCAUGCUCAAGAAGGCCGCGGAGGAGGGUGUUCGUGUGUCUGUUCUGCUGUUUAAGGAAGUGGAAUUGGCCUUGGGCAUCAACAGUGGCUACAGCAAGAGGACACUGAUGCUGCUCCACCCUAACAUAAAGGUGAUGCGCCAUCCAGACCAGAUGACGCUGUGGGCCCACCAUGAGAAGCUCUUGGUGGUUGAUCAAGCAGUGGCCUUCUUGGGGGGGCUGGACCUUGCCUAUGGCCGCUGGGAUGACCUGCACUACCGACUGACUGACCUCGCAGACUCGUCUGGAUCAGGAGCCUCGCAGCCUCCCGCUGAGUGCCCAGACCCCGAAGCCGCUCCGGACCUCUCUCACAACCAGCUCUUCUGGCUAGGCAAGGACUACAGCAACCUCAUCGCCAAGGACUGGGUGCAGUUAGACCGGCCCUUUGAAGAUUUCAUUGACAGGGAGACCACACCCCGGAUGCCGUGGAGGGAUGUGGGGGUGGUUGUCCAUGGCCCAGCUGCCCGUGACCUUGCCCGGCACUUCAUCCAGCGCUGGAACUUCACCAAGACCACCAAGGCUAAGUACAAGACCCCCGCAUACCCGUACCUGCUGCCCAAGUCCAUCAGCACUGUAAACCAACUCCCGUUCACACUCCCCGGUGUGCAGUGCACCACUGUGCAGGUCUUGCGGUCUGUGGACCGCUGGUCUGCAGGGACGCUGGAGAACUCCAUCCUCAACGCCUACCUGCACACCAUCAGGGAGAGCAAGCACUUCCUCUACAUUGAGAAUCAGUUCUUCAUUAGCUGCUCAGAUGGGCGCACGGUGCUGAACAAGGUGGGCGAUGAGAUUGUGGAGAGAAUCCUGAAGGCCCACAAGCAGGGGCAGUGCUUCCGGGUCUAUGUGCUUCUGCCCUUGCUCCCUGGCUUUGAGGGCGACAUCACCACAGGUGGGGGGAACUCCAUCCAGGCCAUUCUGCACUUCACUUACAGGACCCUGUGUCGUGGUGAAUAUUCAAUCCUACAUCGCCUCAAAGCAGCCAUGGGGACAGCAUGGCGGGACUACAUGUCCAUCUGUGGGCUUCGAACACAUGGAGAGCUGGGCGGGCACCCAGUCUCAGAGCUCAUUUACAUUCACAGCAAGAUGCUCAUUGCGGAUGACCGGACAGUGAUCAUUGGUUCUGCAAACAUCAACGACCGGAGCUUGCUAGGGAAGCGGGACAGUGAGCUGGCUGUGCUGAUCGAGGACACAGAGAUGGUGUCGUCCCUUAUGGACGGGGCAGAGUAUCAGGCGGGCCGGUUUGCCCUAAGUUUGCGGAAACACUGUUUCAGUGUGAUUUUGGGGGCAAAUGCCAGGCCAGACCUGGAUCUCCGAGACCCGGUCUGUGAUGACUUCUUCCAGUUGUGGCAAGACACAGCAGAGAAAAAUGCCACCAUCUAUGAGCAGAUCUUCCGAUGCCUGCCGUCCAAUGCCACGCGUUCCCUGCGGACUCUCCGGGAGUAUGUGGCUGUGAAGCCUCUGGCGGUGGUCAGCCCUCCCUUGGCCUGCUCUGAGCUCACCGAGGUCAAGGGCCACCUGGUUCACUUUCCCCUCAAGUUCCUGGAGGAGGAAUCUUUGCUGCCCCCGCUAGGGAGCAAGGAGGGCAUGGUGCCCCUGGAAGUGUGGACAUAGCUGCGGGUGCAGACAGUGAGAUGUCAGAAGCUCUGGGGUCCACUGUGUCUGGCGCCUUGGCCCUAAGCUCUGAGGACUAAGGGCAGGGCCCUUACAGGGCUGAGGAGGCAGGCAGCUCUGAAAGAGAUGACGUGAAGCACAGUGUACCCUACCACCUGAUACGUAGCAAAGGGGACCCGCCUGAACCUGCCUUGGGAAGACAGGAAAGGGUCACAGUGCCAUAGCAAAGGGUCAGCCUCCCUGAUACCUGACUCAAACCACUGCUCCAGAGAAACACAAAUCCUGCCGGGACACUCGGGGUCAAGCUUCUGACUCCAGGAGGAGGGGUCCGGCUUGGGUCUCCCCAUCUCUCCUCCUCCUCUGCCUGAAGCCUUCUCCAUGCCCAAAGCCUUUCUCAGCCCACUCAGCAUCUUUGGUGCAAAGAUGGAAGGACGGAUGAAGCCACUUUGGGCUGCAGCACCUGGCAGAGUGAGGAGAAAGGCCCGUAACCGCCUCCACUAGCCUGUGGACAGACACUAACUUUGUACCAGUUGAGUAAACAUUUCAUAAAUAAAAGUAGAAAAAGCC